AUUACGGCACGGUUCCUCGAACAUAAGGAAAUCGAGGUUGUUAUCAUUGCUGCCGUCUUUGUAGAAAUCCAGCAAGUACGAUUCUCUCUCCACUUUCUCCUCCUCGGCUUCCUCCGCCAUGUGAAUACCAGAAGGUGCUGGAUACGGUUCGCUCGCCGCUUCCAUCCAGAAGUUGAAUAAACUCUCUUCAUCCAUAAUUGCUGGAUUCAAGGCGGUGGAAGAAGCAUAAUCUGCUUCGAUCGGGACUUCAUGACGUUUCCGCUCCAUGAAUUCCGCUGAGAAAUCAUUUUUGUUGUGAAGAAGAUGAUGAUCGCCUUCUUCAUCAGUCAGCCGUUGUGCUUUCCCUGCUCGGCGGCGUUCAUCAGUGUCACCGUCCAUCGGCUGUGCACCGGACUGAGCUUCUCCUAUUUCUCUGAGCUGAUCUGCGUAGUUGCUCAUGUCAAAAUUGGCGUAAAGCGCAGCCCCUACUCUUAAAGUGUGCACAAGGUAAAAACUCGGGUUGAAUGCAAUGGCUUGCAAAACACAUCAACCAGAUAAACCAUACUAGGCAGGCAUGUGAGAGGCUCGACCCGAAGGUGUUGACAAUGGUUGAACUCAUGACUUCUCAGUCACUAGCUCGCCUACUUCACCAACUUGGCCACCUUUACAGCAGGCGAUCAUCAUCUUCUUCACAACAACAACGAUUUCUCAGCGGAAUUUAUGGAGCUAAAACAUCAUAAAGUCCCAAUCGAAGCGGAUUAUGCCUCUUCGACCGCCUUCAAUCCAACAAUUAUAGAUAAAGAGAGCUUUUUCAACUUCUGGAUGGAUGCGGCGGGCGAAUUGUAUCCGGCACUUUCUGAUAUUCAUAUGGUGGAGGAAGUGGAGGAGGAGAAAGUUGAGAGAGAAUCGUACUUGCUCGAUUUCUACAAAGACGGAAGCAAUGAUAACAGCCUAGAUUUCCUUAUGUUCGAGGAACCGUGCCGUAAUCCAGGGGAGUUCGGAUUUGGUGGUGAUAAGGAAGGUCAUGGUGGAGAUGGGCUAGAAGGCUUCACAAAUGCUUUACCAUCUCCGAUGAAAGCGGCGGCGGCGCCUGCAGGUACGACAGUUGGAGACGGAGACGAAACUGCAUGUUUUGAUGCUGCUUCGGAGUUUUUUGACGUUCCUGCAGGCUUUGAUGCUCCGUCGGAGUAUUUUUGAAGUUCCUGGUUUUUAUUUUGAUGCUGCUUCAGAGUUUUGAAGUCGUUAACCUGUGUGGUUUGACUGCGUAAUUUAAACCAUCAUUUUAUUUUAUUUAUUUACUUGAAUUAUUUAUUUAGGGGUUGUAUGAUUGUAUCAGGUGGGGAGUAUGUAAUAUUGACAUAUAUACAUACAUGUAUAUGGGAGCACUGAGGUAAGACAUGAAUGAAAUAUGCAUUGUGGUUGUUGAGUAUGUAAAAGAAGUGAAAUGUUUUUUUUUGCAAAAAUGUGGCAUGUAUAAUCAGAUGUAAUGCUAAGACAUGUUUAGA